UGAAAUGUCAGCAACGCACUGCAUAAUUUAGGUAGGUAUUAAACAACUUCCAGACUCCAGUAACCUGCCUUCAAAACUCUUCUGUUCAUUCAGUUAUAGUCCAUGUGAUAAUUAUUAUGAACACAAAAACAAAUGAAUUGUUUAUGAAACCAACUCAGAUUCAAAACAACCAGAAAAAUCAAUGAAAAUCAUUCAAAAUAUAGAAAAUAAAUAUAAGCAAAACAACAUUUCAACGUUAUAUGGGCGGGGAUUAAGAGGAGUCAAAAAGACAAAAACCUAUACACAGUUGAUAGUUGGAUCCGAGCCACAAAAAACGUGUUUCUGGUGUAAUUUUCAUGCUAGAUUUCAACUAUCGUAAAGUAAAAUCUUUUUUUAAAAGAUAAUUUUAACCAAAGAGAAAAAUACCACAAUACAAUGAAUAUAUUUUCUCAGAGCAAUGAAACACAAUCGUUGUUAAAAAGCAGUCAUUUUAAUAUUAAAUGGAAUAAUAAAGUGCUCAAGUGGACUUUUAGUAUAGUUUUAUUUCUUUUAUUGUUAGUAGGUGCUAUUUAUCUUGUGCACAUUUUUACUAAGAAUAAAAUUCAACUGGAAUCUAAUGCAUCUAUAAAAGUACCUAAUAUAAAAAAAAACCCACUACACAUAACGAGUAUUGCAACAACCAACGGUGAUUUCUUAAAAAAAUGUGCUCCUAUAGUUAAAUGUGAUCCAAACGCCAAAUAUAGAAGUGCAAAUGGAUCUUGUAAUAAUUUGGAAACACCUACGUGGGGUGCAGCAGCAACGCCAUUUUUUCGGUUGCUUGAUGCUAAUUACAGUGAUGGCUAUUACGCAUUCCGAUUACAAACAAAUGGAAGUGCAUUACCUGGGGAAAGGAUGAUAAAUGUUAAGGUCUUUCUGAGCCAUGAAACAUAUCGCGUUGACGGAAAUAAUGCACUUUUAUUUCCAUUUUCACAAUCAAUAGCCCAUGACAUAUCGGGUUUGCCCAAUGAUAUCAUACUAGACAAGACUGACCAUUCAGUAAAUUGUUGUUCGGCUGAAAUUAUAAAAAAGAAAUAUGCACAAUGUCAUUUGACUAUGGAAUCACCCGACGAUCCUGUUUAUAGUGCUUUUAAUACAACUUGUACGAGUGCAUUCCGAGCUUUUACAUCAAGGAAUUACGACUGUCCGUUAUACCCCACAACGUUUAUCAAUGCCAAUUCACAUUUCAUCGACGCGUCUGAGGUGUACGGAUCAAAUGAAACUUAUGCACUGCGCCUUAGAACUAUGGAUGGUGGAAAACUGAAUUUCUCGAUUAGUGACAAUGGUCAAAUGUUCUGUCCAUUUUUAGAGAAGCCAAAAGACCCAUCAAUUGGAUAUAUUAAAUAUGAUACAGGAGAUCCAAACAAUGGGAAUCAAAAUUUAGGAAUCACUUCAAUGCAAACCUUAUUCUUAAGGUUUCAUAAUUAUGUCGCUUCAAAACUCUCGUCUUUAAAUCCAUUUUGGUCCGAUGAAAUUAUUUAUCAAGAGUCACGAAGAAUUGUCAUUGCAACUAUUCAACGCAUCGCAUAUGAAGAUUUGUUACCAAUCAUUAUAGGAGACGAUUUCCAGGAAAUAUAUGGAUUAAAUGAACCAAAUAUCUAUGAUCCUAGUAUAAAUCCCUCGACGUCUCAAGAAUUUUCAACUGCUGCUUAUCGAGUCCUACAUGCAAUUAUACCGGUUCAGAUAAAUUUUAUGAACAAAAAUUACGAAAUAGAAAACUCGUUGAAAAUCACCGAUUGGAUGAGAAACCCAAGCAAAUUACCAAUUGAUAAUAAUUUCGAUAAAUUGUUAAAAGGGUUUAUAGAGACUCCAGGUCGAAUGGUUCAACCUUCUUACAAUUUCUACAUAUCCAACUUCAUGUUCCCUGAAUAUAACAAUACUCUAUUAACAGGAUUUGAAUACCUCGAUGAUGCUUCAAUUUAUUCACCUAAUUUUGUUGGUGUUGAUUUACUAGCAAGUGAUAUUUUAAGGGGCCGUGAUGUGGGCCUUCAACCAUACAAUCAGGUCAGGCAUUUAUGCGGAUAUCCGUUGGCCCAAAAUUUUGAUGAUUUAGUGGAUCUCAUACACAUAAAAGCUAUAGCCCAAUUAAAACAACUGUAUAACUCAGUGAAUGAUAUCGACUUAAUAGUAGGUCUUUUAUUGGAAAAACGCAGUGACGGUGCAAUUGUAGGUCCGACAACCCAGUGUUUAAUUGCUGACGGUUUUUAUCGAUACAAAGCUGGUGAUCGCUUUUUCUACGAUGUACAAGGAAAACCUGGUAGCUUCACCGACGACCAACUGAAAGUGAUUAAGACAAUUACUCUCGGCCAUGUCAUAUGUGCCACUUCAAACAUAGACCAUGUACAAAAGGAUAUAUUUAAGACAGUCGAUCACAAUUUAUUUCCUACACUCAAACGGAAAUGUGACAAGGAGUUCCAUUUGGACUUCAAAGCCUGGAAUGAAUCAAAUGGUCAACCGGAGUUGUGAAUUGAUCGAUUUAAGAUAGAUAAUUGUUGUAUUUAUAAAAACGGAACAUUGUCGCAGACUGAAAAUACCGAGAUUACGUCAAAUAAACGAGGAAAAUAUUUACAUGCCACCGUAUUUUUCAGGAAAAUAAUUAUCUGGACUAGAUUUCUUGUAGGGAAAGAUAUUUCAAAAGAAUGAUAUAAUAAAGGAAUAAUAUUUUCAACGAUUAAUA